AUGUGCCUGGAACUGGUUUUACUUCACGCCUCCAUCGAGACGUUCCUGUUCCUGAAGAGUUACCCGAACAGCACGCUGCAGUAUUCCUUCUGCAUGUUCAUCAACCAGGUGGAUCUCUGGUUCUCCACCUGGCUCAGCGUCUUCUACUUCGUGAAGAUCACCACCUUCACCCACCCUCUCUUCCUCUGGCUGAAGCGGAGGAUCUCCGGGCUGGUGCCCUGGUUGCUCCUGUGUUCUCUGCUCUGUUCCGUCGUCACCAACUGCCCGUUAUUAAGGAAGCGGACCGGAAACGGGCUCGCCGGCAAUCUCUCCGGCGGCCACCCGGAACCGGGAAGCGCUCAGGUGGUCGUUAAUCCGCUUUCCGGCCCAAUCCUGAUUCUGCCCUUCCCGAUCUUCCUCACCGCGUCUUUCCUGCUGAUGGUUUCUCUCUGCAGACACGUCAGGCGCAUGAGACGCUCGGGCACCGGCGCCCGGGGUCCCAGCGUGGCGGCCCACUCCGGGGCCAUCAAGACCGUGUUCUUCUUCCUCCUCUUCUGCAGCUCCUAUUUCGUGGCCAUGACUCUGUUGUGUAGCCGAACUUUCCCCAUAGAAAGCCUCUUCACCACUCUCUGUGAAAUUAUUCUUUUAGCGUGUCCUACCGGGCACUCCGUUGUGCUGGUUCUGGGAAAUCCCAAGAUGAAGUGGGCGGGGAAACGGCUUCUCACCUGCCCCGGGGCCGGCCGAAGUCGAGGGGCUUCGUCUCUUCAGGGCCUCAGACUUAAGCCCUGA